AUGUGUGAGUGUUGCAUCCUUGAGCCACCCCGACCCGCGCCGCCACCCCACCAGUGUCACCGCUGCCCACCUGGGGAGCAAAAGGUCAACAUCCACACCAGCUACCUACACAGGAAUAGACGCCGGAAACUCAGGUGUCGGCCACACUCAUCAGGAGUCCAGUUGUUGUUUUCUCCAUUAAAGACUCGUGUAAGGUGCACACAGCCUGCCUCUCUCACAACACAGGUGCACACAGCCUGCCUCUCUCACAACACAGGUGCACACAGCCUGCCUCCCUCACAACACAGGUGCACACAGCCUGCCUCCCUCACAACACAGGUGCACACAGCCUGCCUCCCUCACAACACAGGUGCACACAGCCUGCCUCUCUCACAACACAGGUGCACACAGCCUGCCUCCUUCACAACACAGGUGCACACAGCCUGCCUCCCUCACAACACAGGUGCACACAGCCUGCCUCCCUCACAACACAGGUGCACACAGCCUGCCUCCCUCACAACACAGGUGCACACAGCCUGCCUCUCUCACAACACAGGUGCACACAGCCUGCCUCUCUCACAACACAGGUGCACACAGCCUGCCUCUCUCACAACACAGGUGCACACAGCCUGCCUCCCUCACAACACAGGUGCACACAGCCUGCCUCCUUCACAACACAGAUGCACACAGCCUGCCUCCCUCACAACACAGGUGCACACAGCCUGCCUCUCUCACAACACAGGUGCACACAACCUGCCUCCCUCACAACACAGGUGCACACAGCCUGCCUCCCUCACAACACAGAUGUACACAGCCUGCCUCCCUCACAACACAGGUGCACACAGCCUGCCUCCCUCACAACACAGGUGCACACAGCCUGCCUCUCUCACAACACAGGUGCACACAGCCUGCCUCUCUCACAACACAGGUGCACACAGCCUGCCUCCUUCACAACACAGAUGCACACAGCCUGCCUCCCUCACGACACAGGUGCACACAGCCUGCCUCCCUCACAACACAGGUGCACACAGCCUGCCUCCUUCACAACACAGGUGCACACAGCCCGUCUCCCUCACAACGCAGGUGCACACAGCCUGCCUCCUUCACAACACAGGUGCACACAGCCUGUCUCCCUGCACAUAG